AUGGACUGCUCGUACGUUCCCCAGGUUAGCAAAGAGGAGGUGAUAGCGAAGCUAAAGGACGACGGAGACUUCGACAGACUCCGCCGCAAGAUCAUUCAAAAGCUCAAGCACAACGAUGAAUUGCGUGAAAAUAUUAUUACAAUUGUGAAGCAAUCGGCAGCGCUUAAUCGUGAAGGUGCCGAGAAUAUGAAACCCAGACAACUUUCUGAUGACAUUUAUCAGGAGGUUGGGGACCAAGUAAUGAGCCACAUAUCUGAUGGUUUGUGGGGUAUAAUCAGAUCAAGUGAUGGCAUGAAAAGUGAAAUCACAGAAACUGUUGAAUCUGUCUACAAUAAAUUAACUAACCCGACAGGGAAAGCUGAGAGUGAAGCUUCCACACGUGAUGUUCCAGUUUGCAAGGAAGCUGACAAUAACUGUUUAGUUGUUGCUGCAGCCAAAGAAAUUGAUUAUACGUUGUCUGGCAAUGAACCAAAAGCACCACCGGGAUUUUCUUUAUCUCAUAAUCAUCUGAUAAACAAUAAUGAUGAGUUACAGCUACCACUGCGUAAUGUAAAAGGAGCCAUGGAAGAACAAAAGGAAAGUUCACACCAGUUACAGGAUAAGCUGAAUGCCGAUGAUAACAGACUUGCGCCUGGAUUUUGUACAGACAUGGAGCACAAGCAGGCAUGUGAUGCUGGUGAUGAGGAUCCUGAUGUGCCUCCUGGUUUUGGUUGA